UUCACCUCCCCCUUGGGGGGCGACGCUAGGUUCCGUGAACUGGAAUCUGGGUGUAUGUAUUUGACUGGUGGGUGAGAAUUCCCAUAUUUAUAUGAGCAACGCUUGUUGGCGUAGGAGUGUGUAGAAAAGAGGAUAGUACUUGAGAAUGGGGCUUCUAGACUUGUUCUUUGUUGCUUCAAUGCCGGUUAUCAAAGUUCUGUUGGUCACCGCAGUUGGUUCAUUUAUUGCCUUGGAUCGUUUUGACAUAUUUGGGGAGAAUGUCAGGAAGCAACUAAAUACAAUUGUGUUCUUUGUACUCAAUCCUGCACUUGUGUGUAUCAACCUGGCUAACACAGUUACUUUUGAGAGCGUUGUCUUGCUGUGGUUCAUGCCAUUCAACAUCCUUAUAACUUUUGUGAUUGGCUCAGCACUUGGAUGGUUGCUUGUCAAAUUAACCAGAGCUCCUAAACAUCUCAGGGGUCUUGUGUUGGGUUGUUGUGCUGCUGGAAACUUGGGCAACUUGCCUUUGAUUAUUGUCCCAGCAGUAUGUAGAGAGAAAGGCAGUCCAUUCGGAGCACCUGAUGUUUGUCAUACAUAUGGAAUGGCCUACGCUUCACUUUCCAUGGCGAUUGGAGCUAUUUACUUAUGGUCUUAUGUUUACAACAUUGUGCGGGUUUCCUCCGUCGGGACAACAGAAGUUAUCAACAUAGAAGACGAUUCCCCAGCCAAGAUGAGGGAACCACUUCUUGACUCAAAAGAUUGUUCCAUCUCUGUAGACUAUGCAGAUCAAUUGACGCUUCCUUGCACUCAGUCUGAAGAAAACUUGAAGGUGACAACCUCAGAUAAGGUGAAGCGAUUCUUGAGGAUGCUUUCAAGAGAGAUCAAUAUUCAGGCAUUGUUAGCACCUUCAACUACUGGAGCGAUUCUUGGGUUUAUCAUUGGAAUGGUUCCUCAGCUUCGGAAGUUACUGAUUGGAAGUACUGCCCCUCUUCGCGUUCUACAAGAUUCCACUUCUAUGCUGGGGGAUGCAGCCAUUCCAGCUCUCACCCUGAUCAUGGGAGGAAACCUUCUUAAAGGUUUAAAGGGCUCAGGAAUUCGGGCCUCACUCCUUAUUGGAAUCAUAGUAGUCCGGUAUAUAUUCCUGCCUCUGUUGGGCAUUGCCAUUGUUAAAGGCGCAGUCCAACUUGGUCUGGUGAACCCAGAUCCCUUGUAUCAGUUUGUCCUUCUAUUACAAUAUGCACUUCCGCCAGCCAUGAACAUAGGCACAAUCACGCAGCUGUUUGGAGCAGGCGAGAGCGAAUGUUCUGUCAUCAUGCUGUGGACAUAUGCCUUGGCGUCAGUUGCCCUCACGCUUUGGUCCACCUUGUUUAUGUGGCUUGUAGCUUGAUGUGCAUUUGCUCCACACACAGUUUGCCACAGACACCACCAGUACUGCACUGCAGUCCUUGAUAUCAUAUUGAUGAUUGAUGCAGACAUCUACAGCUCAAUCACAGAGGCAUAGUAUGUGUGUUCUUGGGCGCCUUGCCCAAUGCUCAUCCAUAUUAUCACUCAAAGAAGUCAAGUAGAAAGCUCUGAAUCUAAUCUGACAUCGACAUGUCAGAUGUGUCCACCAAAAUUGUAUUAUUAAUUACUUGUAUUCAUUCAUAUAUUUUUAUUUAUUUAUUUAUUUAUCAAUCUUUUCUUAUCACAUAAAAAAGAGAAGGCUUGGAGUGAUGUCAUGUAAGGGUAAUAUUUUUGUUGGCUAAAUGAAUAUUUAUUUAUUUA